AUAUUCAAUAUCCAUCUCUAACACAAAAACUCAAUUCACAUACUUUUUCAUCUGUCGGGUGCAAGCAUCACAGAUCUUUGUAAAUCUUUUUCGACGAUUUUUGUUCCGCCACCAGAAGGCUUCAACAAUCAUGGAUGCCACACAGCUAACGGAACUAAUGGGCAGCCAUGAUUUUAUGCAAUUACAACAUCAAUUGCAUCACAAUAACAACAAUUACAACACAGACGGACACAAUGGACUGUCUUCAGAAUCGGCGGAGGGAAGUUCUCGACCCGUCCGUCGUGCCACCAGACGAACUUCACAGCUAAGCAAUAAUACUUAUGACCUGGAGAUGACAGACUCCAGUUCGCAAAGCGAUGACACGAGCGGCGGAGGCGGCAGCAGCAACGGGGGUGGCAGCACCACCAACACUGGACAUCCGUCCGGCUGCUCUCUGGGCGGUGAUGGGCCAUCAGGCCGCGGACGGGUACACCAUGCUAGCUCAGGAGCCUGUCCAUCUACCAUUGCACCGAACGGUACCAGCUCAAACUCUUCCAAUGCAAACGCCAGUAGGCGGCGGAAAGGCGCCCUGAACGCUAAGGAGCGGAAUAUGCGUCGUCUGGAGUCAAAUGAACGCGAGCGAAUGCGGAUGCACAGCCUAAACGAUGCGUUUCAAUCGCUUCGAGAGGUCAUACCGCACGUGGAGAUGGAGCGACGCCUGUCCAAGAUUGAAACACUCACACUGGCCAAAAACUAUAUCAUAAAUCUGACGCACAUAAUACUCUCCAAGCGCAACGAGGAGGCGGCGGCCUUGGAGCUGAACUCGGGGGCCGUUGGUGGGGUCCUGCUCUCAAAUCUUACCUCCGAAAGUGGGGGACCAGUAGCGAGUGGAAUUGCUUUAAAUUCUAAUGCCGCGACGCUAUGCUUUGAGGAUACCCUGGCCAGCGGAGGACCCUUUGACUGCGCCCUCUUGGCAGCUACCGACGGCAGCCUGCUGAACGCUACCACAGUGACCGCCAGCCCCGCGAUGCAGAGCAUCCAAUCACAAGCCAUACACUUGCAGACACCGAUGGAGCAGCAGCAGCAGCAAGCCAGCCAUCUUCCGCAUCUUCAUGGCCAUGGCCAUCUGGGGGCCAGCAUGAGCAUUCAAUCGCAGCAGCAGCCUAGGCUUAUAAUAAAUGGUGGUAAUACAUCGGUGGGCCUGGGAGUUGGAAUCGGGGUUGGUGUCGGAGUGGUCAACAAUGCGACGAGCUUUGCUGAUAUCAAUGAUAAUUUCGACGAGCCCUUCCGAGAGUUUCUGUAAGCCAUCCAUAACGCGGUGGUUCCGGGAUCGUAAG